AUGGAAGCGGCGUACCAGGGCAACGCCCGAAUCGUGCGCUUGCUGCUGGGAGCUGGUGCCGACAAGAACUUGCAGGACGACUUCGGUGUCACCGCUCUCCUGUGGGCGUGUUCUCAGGGCCACGUCGACACCGCGCGCGUGCUGCUGGAAUCGGGGGCCGACCUGGACCUGCAGACUGCUCAGGUUACCAAUCUUACCAACCGGGAUUCAUCGCGGAGACACGCAAGCUUGUGCAAAGUGAGUGGCCUGACCGCACUCAUGCAUGCAUCGCAGAUGGGUCACGUCGAAACGGUUUCUUUGCUGCUUGGAGCGGCCGCCGACGCGAACUUGCAGGACCACUCCGGAACGAGUGCGCUGAUGCAUGCGUCGCACAUGGGUCACAUCCACACUGUCGUCUGCUCCUGGAAGCUGAAGCCGACAAGAACUUGCAAGACCACGCCGGCACGACUGCUCUCAUGA